AUGCUGCAGCAUAUAUAUGCAAUGUUAGAUGAGCAACCUUUGGAAGAUUUUUUUCGUUUCCAGCCAAUCCAACCUCCUAAUCUCAGUAGAGGGCUUCGAAAUUACAAAAGGCCUAUUGAAGGGGUAAAUUACAAAUCUGGAAAAGGCUUGUCGUCUGAGUCUGAAUCACUGUGGGAAAUCAUACAGGUUGGUGCAAUAUUAAAUCUUAGAGCAAUGAGGUGGACCAUGCUGAAGAAAAGGAAAUCCUAUAAACGCUGCUACCUGAUAGGUUUGAAAGGAAAGGUCAUAUCCACUAGCUGUUCACCCAAGAUUGAGUUUGAUCAGAAGUUUAGCCAGCGCGAUAGCAAAGUUUUUCAUAGAUGAGAAGAGCAGAAGUGAAUAAGUCAGUGAUGUCCUAUAUAUAAAAGAAAAAAAGAGUGGAGGCACUAAGAACACCGAGAACCUCUACAUACACUCUCUCUAAAGAGCUUCAAAGAAGAAGAAGAUGAUGAUGAUGCCAUGCUUAGAGGAGGACCUUGUUGACACCUUGAACACCUCUACCACCAUGGGCUAGAUCUUCACUUAGGGCUUGGAUGAGCCCUAAGUCUUGUGUAAUCUAAACCCUUGUAUUUCUAUUUUUGGAGAUUUAUAUAUAUUGUUGUGAUUAGUAGUUAGCCUUAUGAUUGUUGAUUUAACUCUUUUUAGUGAUUCUCGAUUUUAAUUA